CCAAUUGAAAUAUCUCUUUGAUUCCCUUCGUACCGACGUCCGAAAGCUACACACUCCUUCUCAUCUUUGCAUUUUCAACUCACCUUGUGCUGCUUGAAACUAGUUUUCUGUUGCGGCGAUGGAGAACCGCGUGAUGGAUCACGUGACGUCAUACCCCAGUCCACAGGACGCGACCCAAAGUCAAACGGACUAAUAACAAUGAGUACUACUAUGUCCAAAGUCAAAUCCCGCUACCAGUCAACACCAAAAGAUUCGUCGCCGUCCUCGUCUUCGUUUAUACAUGACAACAGCCCACGACCAGCCAAACGGCCUCGUCUCACACCGUCAUCAUCAUCCACAUCGGCUAAAGACUCCACGCCACCAACCGAUAUUGACUCGGCGCGCAAAGCCUCUGCUCUCCGCGUUCUAAACGUAUGGUCACAACUCGCAGAAAGGUAUAACAAGCGUAUGGACGAGGACGACAUCAUCGAUUUAUACAGCGGGGCUAUCAUCAAGGACAGAGGCGUCCUUAGGAGCGCAAAUGUAGCCUAUGACAUCGGUCGCUUUGCUGGGGACGACGAACAGGAGAUCAGCGAAGACGAACCAGAAGAGGACGAGGACGCGGACGAGUUGGACAUGCUACCGCGCAGAGAGGCUUCCAGCGAUAACUUUGAGACGCUGCUAAGUGGCAUGCUACCACUUUCUGCCACUACAGACGCAGACGAUCUCAGCGAUUUUUUGGAAGCAGAAAGACAGAGAAGGCGAUUGGUUGGAGGAGAUGGUGAUGAUGACGAGGAUGAUGUUGAAGAAGAGGGAGUCUCGCCGCUGCCAGUGACCAGGUCGCCCGAACGGACACCCGCUGGGAAAGGGCGCAGUUCCAAGGUGCGGAUUGAGGGGAGAAAUGAGGAACAGGACGACUCAGGGGAAGAGGAAUCAUCUGAAGACGAACUAGCGGUAUGGGGUAGUAUAGAAUCGUCUCCUGUGCGCCCGCGAUCAACGCCAAAGUCGAGCGCGCGCGAUGCUGCGGUCGACCUCGAAGUUAUUGAGAUCACGGACUCAGACUCCGAUAAGGAGUUUUCUCUACUUCUCAAAGGGCCCCCGCGGAAACGGACGCUUGUAGGGUGCACGCGACUCAUAAAAGAUUCCAAUUCAUGACGGGCAGAAUGGCGGUCGCCACUAUCUGCGAACUAACGGACAAUUCAUGGAUUGCCUACAUACUGUUUCAGGCCCGUGUUGAAUGAUUGGCAUGAGAGCGAUCGGAUUUAGGGGCCCAAGAAUGCUUCCCUCACCGAGUCAUCGCUUUGACCCAUAAGGCUGCGUGGACUUACCUCUAUUAAGGUUAAAGCAGCCGGUGACUCUCAUGAAACGCCAAAACACGCAACAGUGGCUAUGUAUACUUACAGCUUAGCACACGUUCGCAUUGCAAAUCUCGUUCCUGCUCGAGGGGCCUAUGAGUACUAAUCAAAAUAGCCAAGUUUUAAGUCGUCGUUUACCUGGCCUAACGUGAGUCCUUGAGUGUGUAUCGCAUUAUUGAUGGGAUGUGUUGUUACCAGCUGCUGCCGGACAGAUACGCACGCCUCGGCCAUCAGUUGGACCCUAAUUACAAAGAGACAUGGAUAUUAUGAAUAGCGACACCUGCGAC